CUCUAAAGAGAAAAGCCAAAUGGGAUUAAAGAGAACUGCAGGGGAGAGCUGACUGUGCACCCUGACCCAGAGCUCUGGGAAAUGCCCAGCCUUGGAGGCUGAGGUCCCUAGCGUUGUCCCUACCCCAACAAUCAGGGUGGGGUAGGGGAAAGGCUGAGAAAUCAAGAGGCAGCAGCAGUUUCCAGGGAACCUAAAUGUGGACAGACAGGAAAAAGAAAGAAGGGCACUUAAAAAAAAACAGGAAUGAAAGUGGAGGGGAGGAGAGCGGCUAUCUAGGGGAGAAUCCCCCCACAUGACCUGGGGAAGCUCCGCCCAGGAGGAGGCUCCGCGCAGAGGGAGGAAGGACAGCAGAGCAGACACAUCUGAGGCAGCAGCAUUUGUAUUUCUGGAGCCAGAGUUCUUCCCCACAGAGGGAGCAAAGAGCAGGCAGCAGAGAUCCAUGGAGCCUCCCUCAGCAUCUCCCCGCAGAGGGCGUGUCCAUUGGCAGGGGUCCCUGCUCACUGUCUCACUUUUAAUCUUCUGGAGCCCAUCCAUCCCAGCCCAACCCACCAUUGAAUCGGUGCCACUCAAUGCUGCCGAAGGAAAUGAUGUUCUUCUACUUCUUCAAAACCCACCAGAAAACAUUUUCAUCUACAUCUGGUACAAAGGGAAAAGUGCAGGAAACAACAAUAGAAUUGUAUCAUAUACACCACAAGCUCAAGUAAAUGAUUCAGGGCCUGCCUACACUGGUCGAGAGACAAUAUACCACAACGGGUCGCUGCUGUUCCAGAAUGUCACCCUGAACCACACAGGAGUCUACACACUGCAAAUAUCAACCAUACUUGGUGUCACUCAGAUAGCUGGGCAGAUCCGCGUAUACCAGUCAGUGACAAAGCCUUCCAUCCAAGCCAGCAACACCACAGUCACAGAAAAUGAGGGCCCUGUGACCCUGACCUGCCUCACCAGCCAUGCUGAAAUCUCUAUCAGAUGGAUCUUCAAAGGGCAGAUCCUGCCGCUCACGGAGAGGACGACGCUGUCCCAGGACAACAGCUCCCUCACCAUAGACCCCGUCAGGAGGGAGGAUACUGGGGAGUAUCAAUGUGAGGUCUACAACCCAGUCAGUUCCAACAAAAGUGAUCCCCUCAACCUGACCGUGACAUAUUAUGAUUCUGCUCCAGAAAGUUCUGGCCUCUCAGGAGGAGCCAUUGCUGGCAUCGUGGUUGGAGCAGUGGCUGUGGUGGCUGUGGUAGUAGCCCUGGUGUACUUUCUGUGUAUCAGAAACACUGCCGGGUAUGAUGCCUUUCCUCAUGUUCUGCUUCCUCAAAGGCUGGCCGCCAUGCUUAGGAAAGGGAAAGGACUCUUCUCCACCUCUGCCUCUGGGCCUGGGCCUCCUUUUCCUCCUUCCUAAACUCCUGCUUCUCAGCACUAAUGCCUGCGGGUCUCUGCCUCCCUGGUCUUCAUCUCCCUGUAUCCCAUUGUCUCUUGGACAUGGAUAUUCCCAUCCCCAUCUGCAUUUAGAGGGAAAUGCCCAGUUAUGUUCUUCUAUUCCCCAGUCAGGGAAGCCAGGGUUCAAAAGGGAAAAAAAAUGAGAAAAUGAAAGCAACAGCAAGAGAAAGUGAGCCAGGUGAUCUGGUGACCACAGUAGCAGAGGAGGGAGGGAUAGUACAGGAACUGAACCUAAGAGAAAGCAGACACAACUAAAAGACAUCUUGAUAAUAAAUAAAUUGAGGAAAAAAACAGUAUCUACUCCUUGGGAAAACAAAAGGGGAAAGGUCUGGGGUAGAAGUAGGCUCAGAAGCAGUUGAUAAAGAAUGGACCUAAAUGUGCACAUCUAAGAAGCCUUGGUAAAGCUCUAGGCUGCUAACUGAAAGGUUAGUGGUUAGAGCCCACCAAGUUUCUCCACAGGAGAGGGACCUGGCAAUCUGCUCCCAUAAAGAUUACAGCCUAGAAAACCCUAUGGGGCAGCUCUACUCUGUCAGAUCGGGUUGCUAUGAGUCAAAAAUCAACUCAAUGACACAUACCAACAACAACAACAAAAAAAUGCACAUUUAGCAAAUGGAAAGGAGUCAAUACUACAAGGGAUAGUGGUAAGACUGAAAAAAACAAGCCCCUAAAGAAAAGGUAGUACCAAAAAAAAACAUGGAGUAAAUGAACAUUGAGGAGUUAUCUGCUGAAAGUGUCCUUCCUAAUUCAAAGAGCAGCAUUCCUAUGCUUGGGAAUAGCAGACACAGUGUGUGAUAUUUAUUUAGGGCAAGCUAUUAGCGUGAUCAAACAGAGCACAAACAGCUUGAUCAAAUAGAGCACAAACACUCAGCAUCCAACCACAGUAAGGAAAGCCACUCACCCAGUGACAGCUGGUGAGAUCCACCACAUGCCCUGCCCUAGCAGAGAAUCCUGGAUUCCCAAACCACUCCCUGUCUUCUGAAUUUUUACAGAGGAAUCUUUGUUUCUCAACGGUAAGCUAGCAUAGGUAUUCACACCCUUCCUCACCUCAGAAGGUUCCUGUCUUAGUUAUCUAGACAGAAUUACCACAAAUACCACAUGUGGGUGGCUUUAACAAACAGAAAUCUAUUUUCUCACAGUUUAGGAGGCUAGAAGUCUGAAUUCAGGCUGUUAGCUCUCUCUCUGCAGGCCCUGGGUAUAGGUCCUUGUGUCUUUGAGCUUCUGCUUCAGGGCGAUCUUCCUGUGGCCUGUCAUUUCUCUUUCCCCAUCUCUACUUGCUUGCUUGUGUGUUUAAGCUCUUCAAUAUGUGAAAAGAGAUUGACUAAAGAUAUACCCUACACUAAUCCUGCCUCGUUAAUAUAACAAAGACAACUCAUUCAACACAUAUUUUGGGGAGACACAAUUCAACCCAUAACAUUCCACAAUUUUGCCCCCAAAAUUUCAUGUCAUUGCGACAUACAAAACAGAGUCACCCCAUCACAUCAUCCCAAAAGUCGUAAAUCCACUCCAAGUCCAAAAUCUCAUCUUCAGAAUUAUCUAAAUCAAAUAUUGAGACAGAUAGGGCUAACUGUGCUGGCGGAACAAAGAGCUGUUAAAAGAUUACUAUCUAAAAGUUGGGUAAACAGGAACCACACCUUGUCAACAGGAAAUAAGACUGAAACAACCCGUGAAUUGCUACCUCCUUCUUUUUAUUUUUUAGUGUUUUUCUAAUCCCUUCCCCC